UCUUCCUAUUACACUGAGGGCUCUUUCGAGCACGGUCUUGCUUCGAUCCAACUUCUAGCUAGCCCAACUCCCAAGAGGCCUAACUUAACAUUGUCACCCUUUCCUUAAAGAACCUUUACCCUACGGGUCCCCAUCAGGGUCAAUUAACACUCUCCGUGGGGCAAAAGCUCGUGGGGCCGGCGCUCCAGAAUCCCAGCGUCGCCAAGCCGGCGCCUGCGCAGGGCAGCACCAUAGAGAGGCAGCCACCUCUCUGGUCUCGGUUUACACUCUCUAUGGUCUAGCCCGGUCGGUGGCGGUAAGGGGAGAAAGGGAGACUGCACUGCGCAGGCGCGGUCGGCUUUUCUCGCUCUUUUUUUAAUCCCCGCACCAAGCGCUCAACCUCAUUGGGGUGGAGGAGAAGGCGGCGGCUGCCCGGUCCGCAGCGAUAACAGCAGCGAAUAAUAGGCUAAUGGACUGCUGAAUUAUGAAGCAUUUCAGACCCAGUAGUAGAACAUCACUCUGCCAUUCACUCCUUUAUCUCCUACUAGUUAUUUAAAUUGGACUUUUAAUAUCCUACCAGCUGCUCUUCAGACACACAUGGUGCAUUGUUACCAUUCCCCGGAUUACAUCUUUGAAACACAGGCUCUUAGUAACCUUCAGCAAACAAAGAGGCGGUCUCCUUGGAACGGCUACCAGGAGGGAGUCAUCCUGACUGCCCUCUAGCUUUUGCUGGAUCUGGAUUUGAAUUCUACCAUGGAGCCUCGCAUGGAGUCUUGCCUGGCUCAGGUGUUGCAAAAGGAUGUGGGGAAACGACUGCAGGUUGGCCAAGAACUUAUAGACUAUUUCUCAGAUAAACAGAAGUCUGCUGACCUUGAGCAUGAUCAGACCAUGUUAGAUAAGCUUGUGGAUGGACUCGCUACCUCUUGGGUGAACUCUAGCAAUUAUAAGGUAGUUCUUCUGGGCAUGGACAUCCUGUCGGCCCUGGUGACCCGGCUACAGGAUCGGUUCAAGGCGCAGAUCGGCACAGUGCUGCCGAGCCUCAUAGACAGACUGGGAGAUUCUAAAGACUCUGUGAGGGAGCAAGACCAGACUCUGCUGCUAAAGAUCAUGGAUCAAGCUGCUAAUCCACAGUAUGUAUGGGACAGAAUGCUCGGAGGCUUUAAACACAAGAAUUUCCGCACGAGAGAAGGCAUCUGUCUGUGCCUUAUUGCAACACUCAAUGCCUCUGGAGCACAUACUCUAACACUAAACAAGAUCGUGCCACAUAUAUGUAAUUUACUUGGAGAUCCAAACAGCCAGGUGCGAGAUGCAGCAAUAAACAGCUUAGUGGAAAUUUACAGACAUGUAGGAGAACCUGUGAGGACAGAUCUCAGUAAAAAAGGAUUGCCACAGUCCCGGUUGAGUGUCAUUUUUACAAAAUUUGAUGAGGUCCAAAAAUCUGGAAAUAUGGUACAAUCUACAAAUGAUAAAAAUUUUGAUGAUGAAGAUUCUGUGGAUGGUAAUAGACCUUCUUCUGCCAGUUCCACAUCAUCCAAGGCCCCAGCAAGCUCCCGGAGAAAGAUUGCAAUGGGGACCACCCGCCGGCUUGGAUCAUCCACUCUUGGAUCCAAGUCUUCAGCUGCAAAAGAGGGUGCUGGUGCUGUUGAUGAAGAGGACUUCAUUAAAGCAUUUGAUGAUGUACCCGUAGUGCAGAUUUACUCCAGCCGAGACCUUGAGGAAUCCAUCAACAAAAUUAGGGAAAUACUAUCUGAUGAUAAGCACGACUGGGAGCAGAGAGUAAAUGCUCUAAAAAAGAUUAGAUCUUUACUUUUGGCUGGUGCGGCUGAAUAUGAUAACUUCUUUCAACAUUUACGUCUUUUGGACGGAGCCUUUAAACUCUCUGCUAAGGAUCUGCGGUCUCAGGUAGUGCGGGAGACGUGUAUCACAUUGGGGCAUUUGUCAUCGGUUCUGGGGAAUAAGUUUGACCAUGGAGCUGAAGCCAUUAUGCCAACUAUCUUUAAUUUAAUUCCAAACAGUGCCAAAAUUAUGGCCACUUCUGGUGUUGUAGCUAUUAGGUUAAUCAUUCGGCACACACACAUCCCUAGGUUAAUACCUGUCAUAACAAGUAACUGUACCUCGAAGUCUGUCGCAGUUAGAAGGCGCUGUUUUGAAUUUUUAGAUUUGCUUUUACAAGAAUGGCAGACACAUUCACUGGAAAGACACAUAUCAGUAUUAGCAGAAACUAUAAAGAAAGGAAUACAUGAUGCUGAUUCUGAAGCAAGAAUAGAAGCCAGAAAAUGUUACUGGGGCUUCCACAGUCACUUCAGCAGAGAGGCAGAGCACUUGUACCACACCCUGGAGUCCUCGUACCAGAAAGCCCUGCAGUCCCACUUGAAGAACUCAGACAGCAUUGUGUCUCUGCCGCAGUCUGACCGCUCAUCUUCCAGCUCUCAAGAAAGUCUCAAUCGGCCACUUUCUGCCAAAAGAAGUCCUACUGGCAGUACCACAUCUAGAGCUUCUACAGUUAGCACCAAAUCUGUGUCCACAACUGGGUCCCUCCAGCGAUCUCGAAGUGAUAUUGAUGUGAACGCAGCAGCCAGUGCCAAAUCCAAAGUCUCCUCCACUUCAGGCGCCGUGCCCUUCAGCUCCGCAGCUGCUCUCCCUCCAGGGUCUUAUGCAUCUUUAGAAUCCAGACACAUGAGGGAAGACAUGGAGUACAUAGGCCUGGACUCAGGUCGGAUCCGUACAAGACGGCAGAACUCUGGGAGUACCACCAAUGUCGCCUCUAAUGCCACCGACAGUCGGGGUCGCAGUCGUGCUAAAGUUGUUUCUCAAUCUCAGCGAUCCAGAUCUGCUAAUCCUGCUGGUGCUGGCAGCCGGUCGAGUUCCCCAGGAAAAUUGUUGGGAAGUGGUUAUGGAGGUCUUGCUGGGGGUUCCUCAAGAGGCCCACCUGUGACACCAUCUUCAGAAAAACGCAGCAAGAUUCCCAGGAGUCAGGGAUGCAGCCGAGAAACAAGUCCAAACCGAAUAGGACCAGCACGGAGCAGCCGUAUCCCUCGACCCAGCAUGAGUCAGGGGUGCAGCCGCGAUACCAGCCGUGAGAGCAGCCGAGAUACAAGCCCUGCUCGGGGCUUUCCUCCACUUGACCGGUUUGGGCUGAGCCAGCCAGGACGAAUACCUGGUUCUGUGAAUGCCAUGCGGGUUCUGAGCACCAGCACAGACCUGGAAGCAGCUGUGGCAGACGCUUUGCUGUUAGGAGACGCCAGGAGCAAGAAGAAGCCUGUGCGGAGGAGAUACGAGCCAUAUGGGAUGUAUUCUGAUGACGAUGCCAACAGUGAUGCCUCAAGUGUCUGCUCUGAGCGCUCCUAUGGCUCCAGGAAUGGUGGCAUUCCCCAUUAUCUGCGGCAGACUGAGGAUGUCGCCGAAGUUCUCAACCACUGUGCAAGUUCAAACUGGUCCGAAAGGAAAGAAGGGCUUCUGGGCCUGCAGAACUUACUGAAGAGCCAAAGAACACUGAGUCGAGUAGAAUUGAAGAGAUUGUGUGAGAUCUUCACCCGAAUGUUUGCUGACCCUCAUAGCAAGAUUGCUGAUUCAGAAGCAGAAUGUGAGGAUAAAGAAGGAAAUUUGUUUCCAUCAGAAGGCUCUUGUCCAAGAGUGUUCAGUAUGUUUUUGGAGACACUUGUGGAUUUUAUCAUAAUUCAUAAGGAUGAUUUGCAAGACUGGCUUUUUGUUCUUCUCACACAAUUACUAAAGAAAAUGGGAGCGGAUUUACUUGGAUCUGUGCAAGCAAAAGUUCAGAAGGCUCUAGAUGUCACAAGGGACUCUUUCCCAUUCGAUCAACAAUUUAAUAUUUUGAUGAGAUUUAUUGUGGAUCAAACUCAGACUCCAAACCUAAAGGUCAAAGUUGCAAUUCUGAAGUACAUCGAGUCUUUGGCCAGGCAGAUGGAUCCAACUGAUUUUGUAAACUCAAGUGAGACAAGGCUUGCUGUUUCUAGAAUCAUAACAUGGACAACAGAACCAAAGAGUUCAGACGUGAGAAAGGCAGCACAGAUUGUGCUAAUCUCUCUGUUUGAAUUGAACACUCCUGAAUUUACUAUGUUACUUGGUGCCUUGCCAAAAACAUUUCAGGAUGGUGCCACCAAACUCCUGCAUAACCACCUCAAGAACUCUAGUAACACCAGUGUGGGAUCUCCAAGCAAUACGAUUGGCCGGACGCCCUCGCGACACCCCAGCAGCAGGACUAGCCCUCUGACCUCACCUACCAACUGUUCCCAUGGUGGUCUGUCUCCUAGCAUGCUGGACUAUGAUACAGAGAACCUAAACUCUGAAGAAAUAUAUAGUUCUCUACGUGGAGUUACAGAAGCCAUUGAAAAGUUUAGUUUCCGAAGCCAGGAAGAUCUGAAUGAGCCAAUUAAACGAGAUGGCAAAAAGGACUUUGAUAUUGUCUCUCGGGAUGGAGGAGCUGCAUCCCCAGCCACUGAGGGCCGGGGCAGCAAUGAAGUGGAAGGAGGCAGGACUGCCCUGGACAACAAGACCUCUCUCCUCAACACCCAACCCCCACGCGCCUUCCCAGGGCCACGAGCACGUGACUAUAACCCGUACCCCUACUCAGACACCAUCAACACCUACGACAAGACAGCCCUGAAAGAGGCCAUGUUUGAUGAUGACAUGGAACAGCUUCGGGAUGUGCCCAUUGACCAUUCUGACCUGGUGGCGGACCUGCUGAAAGAACUGUCCAACCACAACGAGCGGGUGGAGGAGCGGAAGGGUGCCCUGCUGGAGCUGCUCAAAAUCACACGGGAGGACAGCCUGGGCGUCUGGGAGGAGCACUUCAAGACCAUCCUGCUGCUGCUGCUGGAGACGCUCGGGGACAAAGAUCAUUCUAUUCGAGCCCUGGCACUGAGAGUUCUACGGGAAAUUCUGAGAAACCAGCCAGCAAGAUUCAAAAACUACGCGGAGCUAACGAUCAUGAAGACGCUGGAAGCCCACAAAGACUCCCACAAGGAGGUGGUGAGAGCUGCUGAGGAGGCUGCAUCCACACUGGCCAGUUCCAUCCACCCAGAGCAGUGCAUCAAAGUGCUCUGUCCCAUCAUCCAGACAGCCGACUACCCCAUCAACCUCGCCGCCAUCAAGAUGCAGACCAAAGUUGUGGAGAGGAUCGCCAAGGACUCCUUGCUGCAGCUCCUCGCCGACAUCAUCCCUGGCUUGCUGCAGGGUUAUGACAACACUGAAAGCAGUGUGCGUAAGGCCAGCGUGUUUUGCUUAGUGGCAAUUUAUUCCGUAAUCGGAGAAGAUCUGAAACCUCACCUCGCACAGCUCACGGGGAGCAAGAUGAAGCUGCUAAACUUAUACAUAAAGCGGGCCCAGACCACCAACAGCAACAGCAGCUCCUCCUCUGACGUGUCCACGCACAGCUAGUGGCAGCGCCUGUCUCUGCAGACCACUUUCGACCGGUGGUGCCCCGGAGACCCCCCAUCAGCUGCCCUGUCAGUACAAGGAGGCCCGCACAUAUUUAUUACAAUCAGUAUUUUGGUCCCUUCCAGCUUUUGUGUAGAAUCUUACUGGUAUUGAAUGUAACGGAAGCAAGGCCUAUAUCCAGUCUUCGUAGAAACAAAAGGAAUGAGAAACAAACAGAGCCAUAUUACAUGUCUCAUACCACCUCUGAGAUCACACAGCCGUGUGAGGGGCGGAGCUCUUUCCCCAAACCCACAGCUCUUUAGCCGUACGUGGUAGACAGUAGCAUUUUGUUUCAGUUAAUAACAGGUUUGGGGGUGGGGUCCCUUUUGUGUCCCUCAUUCUUAGCUUAUCUUCUUAGGAGCAUGGCCCAUGUGGGGCAGAGCCCACCCUUUUCCGAGCCAACACUGAGAAAGGUCAUGUGCCCUUAGUUUGUGUUUUGAGACCUAGCAAGCGUGGAGCUCAAAUCGCGGCAAGAAGAGGAGGAGAGCCUGAAGCUAGCCCAUCACAUUGCCCGUCCUGUAUGACUGGAGCUGCUUGCCCUGGCUCUCCGCACAGCCGGGAUUGCCCUUGUCUCCUCCCAGCCCCUCCAGCAGCUUCCUAGACAGCUCCCCACCCUGGAGCUGCUGUUCAAAAGAAUCUUUCAAGUUUAAGUCCAACCACAAAAGUAAGGUGAAUUACAGCAAGUCAGGGAUACCUAAAAAGGCCUUUUGUGGAGCACAGAAGGUGUCAGGGAAGUUUCCUGUCCAUUUCCCUGCAGAGAUCUUGGGGAAACACUGCUGUGAUGGGGAUUCUCCCAAGCUUCCAGGUUGGUGGUUCAAAACUGUGCCACCUUUUCUCAUCCCUCAAGCUUUGCCUGAGCUGUUCAUUUCUUAAAUGUGCUCACUUAAUCUGGCAGAUAGCGAUUUUACCAUUCCACCUUUGGCAUCCCCAUUUUCUUUGGGGGUGAAGAGCAGAGAAAGGUCUAGAGAGACCAGGUAUGAAAAUCUUUCUUUGAUGAUAAAGAUUGGCCCCAUGGCUUUCUGCAUGCUAGGCCAGCUCUCUACCCCUGAGCUGCACCCCAACCUUGGAAUCAUUACUUUUAAUUCUGUAAGCUUAAGGGAAAGGUAAUCAUGACGAGUGGCAGAUUGCAGAGUGGCAAGAUUUACAGUGCACUUUUAGAGUCUGUCACUUCCCUGGGAAACCUUUGUUUUAACCUCUUGUGGGUCUCAUUGCUCCAAAGGAAGUAACUAUAGAUCUGCAGUUGAAUCACAUUGUUUUGAGUAAAAUUCCUAAACCAAAUGGCAAUUCUCAAUGCAAUCAUGAAGACUUCUUUUGUUGCUAUUCUAUUUUAGAUUCUCUAAUUGAACCGAUUCUUCCAUAAGGAAAAAGCUGCCUUUGACAUUAAUUUUAGCAAGAUACAGGAUUGGCAGAAGCUGCUAGAACUGAAAGCAGGACCUGGGGCACCAUUCGUGUAGUUCUUAGCCUGAUUGCACUACCCCCUCUGACCUUGCAGAUUUGGCGGGGACCUUGUGAAAGGCAGAUGCUAUUAUUUAGAAAUAAGCACUAAAAAUGAAGGCCUCAGGUUCAGGGUGGGUUAUCUCACACAUCUAAAGUGCUCCACUGCUGCUGUUCAGGGAAAUUCAGGGGUACAUUUUAAGUGGCUGAAUAUUAUUGACUGACUAAGGCUCAAAACAUAGCAGGACCAGGCCUUACUUUCAGUGAUAAAUACUGUUUGUUUGUUUGUUUAUGUAUUAAUGGAAUUUCUCUUUCACACAAGAGUUCCAAAGUCUUGUGAUCUCCCUUGUGGUAAAAAUGUGCCUCCCAGCAGCAUAUUUAUGAAUUCUCUUACGCCUGGUGCAGUUAGAAAGACCCUUCCCUGGGACCCUUUGGCUCCCAGAAGGUCACCACGGUCCCGAGUACAGCUGGAAGGCUCUCAAACAUUGCUGAUGUCCUCUCAGUACUCACAAAGGGCUAGCCACGAAUGUCACUCGCCCCCUCCUCAAUCUCCUGACCAGAGAGAGACACAAUCACGUCACAGGUCUCUUGGCCUCAAUCUGCCAACUGCUGCCAGCCGCACCGAGUAGACUUGCAUGCCGCCACCACCUCACUGCAGGGCGGCUGCACCCACCACCGCCCUUGGGACGACAGCUGCUGCUGCCUUGCCGCGCCCCGCCACCUCCCUGCAGGGCUCCGUCCACGAGACACAUGAGCAGAGCAUCCAAGACUGCGUUUGCCUCCCCAUCUGACUGUCCAGAGCCUCAACGCCCCUGCCCCAUGCUGAGGGGCUGGCUCCUCCAACUUCCUGCUUCCCUGAGCUGCCACCUCCCCCGGGAGCUGGUCCUCACAGCGCGCUGGCUCCAGUGUCCUGUGCGCCACCACGGCCUGCCUUUUCUAUGCUCACCACUAGCUUUCCACACCCUGUACAGGUAAUGCGAUGAUGUCGUCUCAUACAUCUUUUUCUUUCCCUGCCACCCUUUAUUAUCAAGCAUAAUACAACACUUUAAAGGACAGCAUAUAAGAACUUUGUAGAACCCCACCAGGACUCUGCUAACAGCGUUUGGAAAUGAAAAAAGAAAUGCUCUGAAAAAUACCAGCCACCAAAACAGUUUUGUUGGCACUGUAUUCACAGGCAUGGUCCCCACCCCACCCCCCAGGUUGGGUGGUUUUUUGUUUUGUUUUUUGGGGGUUUUUUUUGGGCUUUUUCAUGUUACAUCCAUAUCUGUAUUUAUAUCUUAUUUGUUUCACUUUCAAGUGUAUCAUGGCAAAUGUACAGAUUUUUUUUGUUAAUAAUGUGCUAGGAUUUGCUAAAAAAGAAAACAAAACAAAAAAAAACCCCUUUUGAGUUUGCCCUAGAAUAAAUGAAACCUACUUCAGUCUCCUGCA